CGCUCUAACCUAGUGUAAUAAUAUCUACUACCUUUUUCAGUAUUCACAGCAGACGAAACAUUGGUAGACUGGAAACAUUGAACUGGAAACGUAGUUGUUUCAAUCUCAGAAACAAAUUUCCAAUCGAACUGAAUUUCGUGUCGGACUGAAAGAUGUCCCAAACAUCAGAAAGUUCUGGUUUAUCUAACCUGGAGAACAUUAGUGAAGGCGAAUCAGGGAAAAGAUCAAAUAAAGACGGGGAACAAUCAGUGUCUAAAAGGAAGAGAUCUGAUGUUGCUGGGCUCCCAACCAGACAGUAUCUAGAUCAGACAGUUGUACCCAUUCUCCUUCAGGGGUUGGCAAGCUUAGCACGUGAAAGACCUACAGAUCCCAUAGAAUACCUUGCUGGAUAUCUUGUAAGACACAAGAAAGAAUAUGAAACAGAUCAUCAUGGAUAAUCUUAAACUUCAGGAUCUACUGGAAAGCAACGAAAUUAAAUUUACAUUACGAUUUAUAGCGUCCAGUCAAAAAGUUUUUUGUGAAAAAUAAAUUUACAUUAAUGUGAUAAAUACUAAAUUGUUAAUUGUUUAUAAGAUUCUAAUGUAAGGGAUAAAUAAUUAGUAUACAACAGCUUUUAUUUAAUGUUAUAUUUGAUUUUGUCGCUUGGUGUGCCAACUAAACUAAAUGUUGACCGAAGUUUCCCUUUCUAGAUUUUAGGAAAUAAAAAAUAAAUUCUUGAAUAUUUCAAGUCAUAAUCUAAUGGGCAACGUUAAUUUCAAAACAUUAUUUAUUAGUGCCACCUAUGAUUGAAGUUUUUAAGUAGAAUUUAUGUUUAAUAACAAAAAGAGAUCUAGAUUAAUCAAUAUAAUUUAUGGAUUUUCUGAUAUUAUACUCUAGUUUGUUCUCUUUCUCGUGUGAUGUUUUUCAAUAGAUGCAUUAGUUUAAUACAGUAAUCGAAAUGUAACCUGCCCUUAUGGAUUUGUAAAAAAAUCUUUAAUUUUCAAAAAUAUUAAAUCAGUUUUUUAUUU